AUGAUCGAAACAGAUACCAAUGAUGGUCGAAGUGAAUAUCAUGCAUGCGGUGUAUCAACUAGGACGCGUUCAAAAACUGUAAAGGCUGUUUCCCGCGUUGCACCAGCAACAACAAACAUUGCACUUUCGUUGAUAACCCAAGAGAAAGCUACUGUUACAGCGAAGGUGGUCAACUUCGAAAAAUUUUAUCGUCUCCGAUUGAUUCCGCGACGAGAAGAUGCUCUUCCAGACAAAAUCGCUAUUACGGGGCCUGAUGAUGAAACGAUUUAUCGAGACUUGGUGCUACCACAACCCUCAAAGGAGCAUCCAAUCAUAAUCAAGGAUCAAGAUCCGGAUGCUUUCACUCCAAAAGAGCGACAAAUUCAAGGACCAUUUUUGCUGGAAUACACGGCGCUACUAAAGGCAACGCCGCAAGAAAAGAUUGGUAAAAGAAGAAAGUCGGGCAUACCGAAACGAAAUGUGAAAGAUUUUACUCCAAGUCCAGUUGUGGAUAAUGUAGGAACAACUUCAACAAAGAACAGUCCUGCGGAGAACAAUCUUUCUAAUAUUGGCACAUCAUUAGCAUCUACACUCAUUCCUGAAUCCACUGUUGUUCAACUUAAAUCAAAUAAUCGAAGACGUCGAUCAUCAGUUUUUCUUCGAGUUGCCCAAGAAACAGAUCCUUUUGAUGAAAAAAUGGUUACUGCACAGCCAGCAGAAGUAAGGCAAGAUGCACCGAUUCCAUCGAUCGAUGAUAAGCAAAUGGAGAAGAAAAUGGAUGUAGUGAUUCGUCGGCAGUCAUCUCUGGACGCCCCAAAGAUGCGCAAAACUCAACGUCGAUUUUCGAUGAAAGCAACUAUUCCUCUACUUUCGCCAACUCGCACUAGUGAAUCUGAGCCCGAGGAGAAUUCGUCAAUGAAGCCACCCAUGUUUGGUCAUCAUUUGAUGCUUGAAGAACCCGUUCCUCCAACUCCUCCUCGCGUUGCAGACCUCGAGUUCGAGUUUUGCGCAAUGACCAAACCGUCCGAUGAGGAGUUAGUGGUUUCACAGGAUGCAGAGAAAGAAAAUGGCAAUCAGAUUGACAAACCGUUUGCAAAGCCUCGUGGUAGGCGUUCGCAGCUCUACAAACUUGUGCCGCUAGAUGAUGCGAAGAAACGAGAUAGCGAUCAGCCACGGCAGUCAGAUAUGACAGAAGAAGCUCCCACUAACAUUAAGAAGGCUCGUCGGCGAUCGAGUUACUUCAAAGUAGUCAAU